GUGCGCUACACAACGCUAUCCGCGCUGCCUCGCAGGGCUUUAGAGGCAAGCGGCAGACAGCAGACAUCGCGCUCCUGGACAUCCUUGUUGCGAAGAAUGCUUUGAACGACAACGUACUGCCGUACUCCUUGACCUGCCAGACACAGAAAUUGGGCCUUGAAGGUGCGGCUCAGCUUCGUCGGUGCGUCCUCAGCACCAUCGGGCGCUCCUGCCCAAACCUUUGCAUUCUAGACGUCAGGACGUGCCAGCAAGUUGACAACAAAAUUGUCAGAGAUGUCUUACAGCACUGUGACCGGCUGGAAGUACUACGGCUUGAUGGAUGCACCCGCAUUUCAGACAGCGCGUUUGCUCCAGCACUGUGGAAGCCUCCGCUGGCCGGACUUCUCGGCUUGAGGGAAUUGUCGGUCGGAAAGUGCGGGCAGAUCACAGCCGAGGGGCUCAUGGGCUACGUCUUCAAAGGUGCACCGUACUUGAGGACCCUUGGCCUUGCCUACUGUCAUGGCACUGUCACCGACGAGGUGGCCUCCGAGUUGCUUUUCCAGUUUGGUUUGCAAGCGCUGGAUUUGUCCUUCUGCUCACAGCUCUCCGACCUGCCCUUUGAGGCUUAUCCUCACUCCCUGCUGCGGGAACUUCGCUUGUCAAGCACGAAUGUGACUGACCGUGGCCUUGGCAGCAUUGCAAAACGAGCGCCUCACCUAGAAGUUGUCGACGUCGGGUGGACUACGAAGCUCACGGAUACUGGAAUCCGCUCCUUGGUGUCCUCUUGCUCCAGGUUGCAGAUCUUGUGCGUGCGCAGCACUGAGAUCACCGAUGCAAGCUUUGAAGCGAUUAUGAAAGACUGCCACGGCUGCAACAAGGGCGCAUUUGCUUUCUUUAUUUUCUUGGUCUUCCAUCUUGUGGAUAUGAUUUCACCGCGCUGCAAGGACAGCCGGCCUCCCCUUAAACGAAUCGAUUUGGACCAUCUCGGUGCAGUCGUGGUAGGCCGGGAUGUGCGUCACAACUUUGCAGCAUAUGCGUCUGCAAGGAGCUUUAGGAAGGUCAUGUUGGAUGGCCGGCCAACAGUGCAAGUCCGUCUGAAGAUGGUUAUUCACAAUGCCAAGAGCAAGGAUCACAAAAGGGCAGGAAGAGCAAACAAGCAUUAUGCUCUUGCAGCGACUUGUGCCAGCACGCGUCAGCACUCGUCAGAUACCGGCGUCGAUUCUGGUGCACCACUGCCAGCCCUGCCAAUGACUGGAUCAACGGGGCAAUGGGUACGUGCCCUGCUUUGGGCUUUGGACAAGGGCAUGGUGAUGAACGUCCUGCCCUCCUUCAAGUUUGAAAUGCCCAAGGAGUCCUGGGAACACCCCACCAUCUGUGCAAUUUCUGCUGCGAGCAUCCGUGAACUAACUAGAGGCGAUGAUGCAAACCACGGCAGCCAGUCGACGCGCUCAGAGGAUACCCUGCGGUGGGCGGUGGUGAUGAUCUUUUGCACGAAAGAUCCAGACUCGAGUCUCGAGGCGGCAGCUCCAAGGGUCUCAGCCUAUGGCAUGCAUUUGGAGCAGCUGCUUCUGGAUGGCAUCAAGGAUGUUGCUUAUGCAUCUGCUCUGGAGGCAGAUCGCUUCCAUGUCUCUGUGCUGCGAGUAGCCUCACUUAGAUAUGCAUUGAACUCGGCCAUUGCCUCCAAUUGUGCUAUGCUGGAGCAGCUGGCCGUCACCCUGCCUCCAGACGACACAGACACAGCAGUGAAGGCAGCUGCACUGAACGAGCAGUCGUCCAUGGGCAUAGGGUCUGUACCUCUUUUCCUACGCGUCAUGCUGGAGAUCUCAAACACAAACCUGUGCAAAAGACUUGGCCUCCAAGAUGCGGAGCUGGAGAUGCUACUUGCCGGACGCACCUUGCUGGAGACCCUGGUGCUCCGCAACUGCGCUUUGUCUGAGGGGUUGUUUCCGAGGCAAGGUGUGGGUUCCUCUGCCUUAUUGCACAAUCUAAACAGACUAGGUACGAUGCGAUUAAAGUCAGUGAACACGAUGGAGAGUCUUGUCGCGCUUGAAGCCAUGCCCCAAUCUGUUGAUGUGGCAUGA